GCAAAUAGUUGAAGGGAGCGUGAAAAAUGAUAACUUGUUUAGCUUGGGUUAAACGUGGAGCGGCGAAAGCGGUCCCUGAUAAGGUAAGCGAACUUUUUAUAUCCUUAUCUCUUGUCUCUACGCAUUGUAGCGAGUGACAAAGCAGUAAGUAAGUUUAUAUGUAGCCUGGAACGUGAUUACAAUGUAGCAUUAAUUUAUUGUUUUGAUUUAGCACUUCAUAAGUGAGAUUUGCUAAAAAUAAAGGAUUUUACUUUAUAUAUUGAUAUAUUUAUUUUCGUUUCGUACUCAGCUUAUCAGCCAAUAGUCAGCUGAUUUCUUAUUUCAUUAAAAUAGUAUAGGCCACUGUUGAUUUGCUGUGUUAAUGGCCACUAAAAAUAAAUUAAUGACUGUAUAAAGGGAAGUCUCAAGAACAAUGCAUCGUUCUUGUUCAUGACGAUAUCAAUUUAUAUUAUGCCAAUUUUGGCAAUUUUUUGUCAGAGGUACAAGCAUUGAUCUUGGAUAAAUACUUAAAAUUGUAAAAUCAACGCUGUUCAAAAGAUUCUUAACAGCGUCGAUUUUACAAUAUUAUUUCUAAAUUAACAUUAAGUAGCUAGGCUGUGCAGGAAAUUUAAUCUUUAUUUUCUAGGAUAAAUACUGACCAAGUUCCUAAACGAGCGUGGAAUGUGCAAGCUUGUAAGGAGUCAGUAGUGGGGUCUGGGGACAUGCACCAUCGGCACAUUUUUUGGAUUUUAAGUCCCCUUUCCUAGGUUUCUGAGUCAUUUAGACAGGAUAUUGGCCAGUUCCUUUCUCCUCGGAUGAAGCCUUGCAAACUGCAGAUUGUUUUAUCAAGGUUAUUUUCCACGUUGUAGGGACUAGAUGGUGACAAGUUAUUUUCCACCUGAAAAUCUCAUAGCAUGUCUAAUGUCCGGAAAUUGCAAAAAAAAUAAACAUUUGCCAACCCAUUUUAUAUAUUUAAACUUGGAAAGUUGACCAAUUUACAUAAAUUGGUGGAAACCGGUGUGGGUCCACACUUAAAGUGUAUAGUUUUAGAGUAACUUCAGAGUAUCCAGCCACCUUGAAGCAGAAUUAAUCAGCUACCUCCGUGGUCCUGCAGUGAUCAAAUAAAUAAAGUGUUUUAAUUUUUACUCUCACAGUCUUGUAGUUAACAAAUUUGUUCAAAAUCAGGUAGUAGAAUGACUGUUCAUACUGUCCCUUUGUCAGAAACUGGUUGUUUCGAUACAAGUCAUUAGUUUUUGAUACCAACUCAAGCCUAAUAAUACCUUUAAUAAUACCUUAAUACCUUUAUUUGUUAUCAUGUUAUCUGACAGGUUGCCUUAUCCAAAGAUGAACUUCAAAAUAUAAUAGAUGAGGCCAAAGAAAAACUAAGGUAAAUAAACUUACAAUCGGUAUUUGAUCUGGUAAAAAUAAUUUACUGUUAAUGUUGAUUGUGGACAUUCAUGCAGACCCCAUAUGUUUCUCCUGACCAGGGUUGUGAUCUUCUUCACACAGUACUGGGUUUAAAGUUACCCUGUGAUAGACUAGCAUCCCAUGCAUCCAGUGAAGAAGUAAUUCUUCUCUAUGUCUUUAUCUGACUGAAACUGUGAUAUAUGUAGGCUCCGAUCCUGACCUGUGGUCCUGACCUGUGGUCCUUUUAUAUUAUAUUGCCUUUUACAAUGACUAAGAUAGUACAUGCGCACUGAUUUUGCAUGCAAGUAUGUUAACACUGUUGUGGGGUCUUGUUUUGUUAUGCACAUGCUAAUUACACAACCUCAAUUUUGAAAAAAAUUAAGGCUUAAAAUUCAUCAAGUUAACUUUAUUUGCCUGUAACUUCAGGGGUUGAAACUUAAAACUCUUUAAAGACAUGGUGUAUCAAAGGUUUUUAGCUUAAAGAUGACAUUUUAAGUGAGAAAAAUGAUUUUUGAAAGGCAUCUUUUUGGGAAGCAAGAAGUUUUCUUUUAAUCAGCACCAUAGACAAAGAGUUUCGUUUCUUGUCAAGAAAAGUUAUUUUUUUAAAAGCAACAAUUUUUUUUCUGUGUUUGUGUGGCCUGAUAAAAAGCCUUGAGGGGGAGCAGGAAUUUUUGAAAGGUAUGAAAACUCCUGGCACUCUCUUUUGUUUAUGCCAGGCUUUGCAAUCACAGACAAUGUUGUUUAUUGCUUAAGUACAUCUAAUAACAUAACCUGUUGCCGAUAAGCCCCCCUCUCAAUAAUCAUCCCAGAGCAGAAAAUUACGCCAAUCUUAUUGGCAUGUUCAGAAACAGCAGAAGUUUGAGUUUGUGAAAGCCCUAUUUUCCGCAUCAUGCUCCUUAAUCUGUUCAUGCAUGCACCUUCCCAUUUUGCCAAUGUAUACUUUGCCGCAUAUACAAGGAAUCUUAUACUCUACUCCAUCUUGUUUUUGUGGAUCAACAGCAUCCUUAGGUUGCACAAAGUAUGAUCUUAGUGUUGUAUCGGACUUGAAAAAAGAUCGUAUGCCAUGCUGUUGUAGGCAAUGACAAAGUGUCUCAGAUAACCCUUCAAUGUAUGGUAGAACCUCUGUAGAUUUAAUUUCGGUUGUGGGUCUUUAUUAGAUGCCUGCUGAUUCUUGGAUGUCGUGAUGUUAGAUACAAGCGAAUAGGGGUAUCCCUUAGAGACAUGGACAUAGGCUGAACAUUUCUUUAUUUUCUACUCUUCAGGGAAAAGGAAGAGGCAGCAAAAGAUGCAGAAAGUGGGGAAGGAACGUCAAAUGAGGAAGCAAAGUCAGGUGGGGUCAGAAGCAGAGGUGAUGAUGAUGAGGAUGAUGUAGCCGACCUGUAUGAUCUGGCACAUUAUGACAGUGAUGAAGAUGUAGAAGGUAAUGCACUUUUCCUUCCUUAACUAAUAUAUUUAUUUCUUUUUCAUGAGCAAAGUUAUGAAUACAGUGGAGCUUGCCUGCUAUACCUCGUUAUUACAGGUGUUCUGAUUUGUUCAAGCAUGGUGUCCAUGCAUUUCAAUGCAGUCCCUAUAUUUUGCCUUCUUGAUGCAGCCAACAUGCUAACAUGCAUAUGCCUUUAUAAAUUCAUCUUGUGGCGGUAAACAGUCAAAUUAAGGUAAACCACCUCACAAGUUAGUUUAACGCAGGUUAACAUUUUCAAUCAAACUAUGCUUACGCAGCAAAUUUAAGAAUUUUCUGAAUUUACAUCUAGGCUUACCUGUACAUGCAAGCACUAUAGUUCUGAAAAUUAUUUCUUUCACCCUUCAUCCAAGUUCAGCUUUUCCCUCUUAACACAACUGAGUAUUUUAGUAAGACAGCCUCUUUUUAUUAGUUAUAUGUGUUACAUUUUGCCAGUAACUCUAAGGCAAACAAACAAAAUGAGUGUUAUGAGGGACCCAAGCAAAUGUCAAAACAAUUUAUCCAUGCAACUCUCUCAGUUUUCAACACAUAAACUGAGUCCAGCUGCUCGUAAAAAUUAACAUUUUUAAACUCUUCUAACCAGGUUACAUUUGAAAAAUUUUUCACUUGGUUGUUAAAAAACCACCCCAGUUAACUUGCCAAGUGUGGCUGCUGUCGAGUCAUUCAAGAGACAACAGCGUGCAUGUGUUUAUGAAACUGCCAUGUUUAAUUCCUCUCCUCUAUUCCUGUAGUGCGCAUGCCUAAAUACUAAACAACACAUGCGCGUGACACAUGAAAGGUCAAAGUUCAAUAACACAACAUCUCCCCUUUUUGAGAGAUUGUAAAGUAACAUACAACUCGGGUAUGGAACUAAAAUCUACCAUAUUAUGUGAUAACUGAAAUAAAAACAAAGUUCAAGCACAAGUUUCAAAGUGUCUUUUGACUAAAGUUCAAUGUUCAGCAAAGUCCAAGGCUCUCUUGUAACUUGAGAGAGGGUCUAAUGAGUCUCUUUGGUCUAGAAGCGAGACAAGGUGAUGGGAGUUGCUUCAAGGGAGUCAAUGCCUUAUCUCGAGCUUGUUCCUUCACAACACUAGGUGAAACUGGCUUGUCCAAGACACUGGGCGACGCUGGUGUGUUGGUAGGGAUUGGGUUGACAUGAGAACGGUUUCGUCUCACUGUGCCAUUCUCUGUCUCAACCAAGUAGGAUCUAGGUGUUUCUGCUGCUCCAGCUAUUGUACCAGUGGUUCCCAUAUCUUUGAUGUGCACAGGAGUACCAGGUUGGACUGAUCUCAAGGGAAUGGCAUUGUGCCGUUGAUUGAAGUUCAGCCUUUGAGUUUCCUUGCUUCCUUCUUCCCUUUCACGUAGCUUGUCCAUAUCCGGCCAACUUGGAUUGAGAACAGUGUGGAAGGUUGGGAUGGUGUUUCUCAGUUUUCUUCCCAUGAGUAGUUCAGAUGGUGAAUAUCCACAAGCAAGAGGGGUAGACCUGUACGCCAACAGUCCUUUGGACGGAUCUUUUUCUUUCUUCAGCAAUGACUUGGUGGUUUCUACUGCGCGCUCUGCUUCACCAUUAGACUGUGGGAAACGGGGGCUACUUGUUGUAUGCUUGAAACCCCAUUCUUUUGCAAAAUAAGUGAAUUCGGCUGAUGCAUACUGUGGGCCAUUGUCACUUCUUACUUCUUCAGGGAUUCCAUGCCUUGCAAAAAUAGCUUUGAGGGCUCUGAUAACUUCAUGCGAUUUGGUGGUCUUUUGCAUUGCAGCCACCUCGAUAUAACGUGAGAAAUAGUCCACCACUAUCAGAUAGUUCAGCUUAUCAAGCUCAAAUAGGUCCGUGCCGAUCAUCUGCCAGGGACGUUCAGGAAAGAGUGUUGGCAUGAGUGGCUCAGCUCGCUGCUGUUGGUGCUUGGCACAAACUUUGCAAUUUUCAACCAUGUCUUGAACUUCACGGCUGAGACCAGGCCACCAAACAGAGGUCUUUGCGCGUUCUCUGCACUUGACUAUUCCCUGGUGCCCUUCGUGUAUCUUAUCCAAAACUUGCAGCUUCAUGGCUGACGGCACGACCACUCUAGUUGACUUCAGGAGUAUCCCAUGUGCUGUAGUGAGCUCUCCUCUGGCUGACCAAUAAGGCUUCAGUGCAUCAUUAAGACGAAAUUUGUCUGGCCAGCCUUCCAGGCAGUAACUCUUUAUUAGUCGACAGACAGGGUCCUCAUCCUGGGAUUCCUUUAUCUCCAUUAGUUUCACGUCUGAGACUUAUAAAGAGUCUAGGACACUGUCAACGUAGAUGUUCAUUUCUUCUUCAGGAACAGUGGCCAUUCUGUUUGUGUUUUCUGACUGCAUUCUUGACAAGGCAUCUGCUAUAUACAUUUCUUUUCCAGGUACAUGGUUCACCGCUUUAAAGUGAAAACGCAUGAGGCGCAUUCUGAGCCGCUGAACUCUAGGAGGGACUUCAUCCAAGGUACGGGUGGUGAGAUGAGGAACCAGUGGCUUAAUGAUCUGUUUCAGCGAGUAUAGACUUUCCCACUAUGUAGUCGCUGAAUCGCUCACAUGCCCAGGUUAGGGCUAAGGCCUCUUUCUCUAUUUGCGCAUAUCUGCAUUCCACAUGGGGUGAGUGCUCUGGAUAUGAACAUCACAGGUCUCCAAGUCUGAUCUUCUUGCUUCUGUAGGAGUACUCCUCCCAGUCCAAAUGAGGAUGCAUCCGCUGAAACUUUGGUGUCUUUGUUAGGAUCAUAGAGAGCAAGUACUGGUGCAGCUGUCAAGAUAGACUUGAUUUCUUCGAAUGCUUGUUGUUGGGGUGUUCCCCAGACCCACUGGCUAUCCUUCUGCAUAAGGUCUCAGAUUGGUUUGGUCUUGUCUGCUAAAUGUUCUGCAAACUUGCUUAGGUGUUUUACCAUUCCUAGAAACACACGGACUUCAUGAACAUUCUUGGGUGCAGGUAGGUUUACUACGGCUGCAACUUUGUCUGGAUCCACCUCAAUACCAUUUGCGCUAACAACAUUGCCUAGGAACUUGAUCUUGGGACCUCGGAACGUGCACUUGUCAAUGUUAAGCGUAACACCAGCCUCACUUAGACGCUCUAACACUUUCUGUAAUCUGUAAUCAGCUCUAUGGUGGGGGCAUGAACUAGGACAUCAUCAAUGUUGCAUUCAACUCCUUCAAGUCCUUCAAGAAUUCUACUCAUGCACUUUUGAAACUUUUCAGAACCAGAGCUAAUUCCAUAAGGCAGCACGUUAAAACAGUACCGUCCCCAAGGUGUGAUGAAAGUUGUGAGUGGUCUCGAGCUUUCGGCCAGCUUUAUUUGCCAGAAUCCAGAAUUUGCAUCGAGCUUGGUGAAGUACUUUGCACCUGCUAACUUUCCCAAGGUGAGGUCCACGGAGGGAAGAGGGUGAUUCUCACGCUGAACAUACUCAUUGAGCUUUGUUAAGUCUACACACACUCUGACUUUACCAUUUGGUUUAGGGGUUACUACCAUUGGAGCACACCAGUCAGUUGGGUGGUCCACAGGCGAAAUCACUCCACUCUUUAACAUCCUUUCAAUUUCGUGCUUGGUUUCUUCAUACAGUGGCAUAGGGACCUUUCUUGGCACAGUCAGUGCAAAGGGUUUUGCAUCAUCUUUUAGCUUGAUGGUGUACUCAUCUUUCAUGGUACCCAGUCCUUCAAACAACUGUGGGUAGUCACGCAUCACUUUUGCCAUGUGUGGUCAUCAGUUGUCAGGUCACACAAUCUUGAUAUAAGGUUUAGUUUCACUGCAGCAGAUCUACUCAGAAGUGGUCUUGCUAAACUUUCAACAACGUAUACGGUUUCCUUUGUGGAAGUUUGGUUGUGAGCGAGAGUGACUGUGAAUUCUCCCUUACAGUUCAUCCUGUAAUUGCAUGGACCCAGGAGCACUUUAUCAGUAGGCUUAAGCUGUAUCUUCAGAUCAAUGUUAAGGAAGGUAUUGUAUGGGACGACAGUUACAUCUGCACCACUAUCAAGCUUGAAGUUAACUGGUUUCUUGUCCACAAGAACGGUUGCAAUCCAUGGUGACUUUGUGGGGUUGCUUUGGACCUCACUAACGUCCACGAUUUCUCCUAGAAAGAACGAUUCUUCCUCUUCAGUAACUUCAAAUACUUUUCCUGGUUUUGAACUUUUACAAGCCUGCGCCCAAUGACCGAUUUUUGAACACUUGUUACACUUGGAGAAGCGUGCAGGACACGUUUUCUUCGGGUGCAAUUUUCCAAGGCACCUUUGGCACUUUUGAUCAGGAUUUUUCUCUUUGGAGCUAUCGGAAGGUUUCUCUUUAGACUUGUCUUGCGACUUCUCUUUGAAGUUUCCUUUGUUUCUCCGUGAUUUUCCUUUCACGAUGCCAUCAACAUGCGCUGGGGUAGACUUGAAUCCGCCGUCGAGAAUGUUUUGUUGUUGUUUCACCGUCUCUCUUUGUCUCGCUAAAUUUGUAGCUUUUUCCAGGGUGAGACUCGGAUCUAGUUGAAGUUUUUCCGAAAGUUUGCGGUUUUGUAAUCCCACGACAAUACGGUCGCGAAUGAGCUCUUCUUUUAGCGCGCCAAAAUUGCAGUACCUUGCCAGGCCAUACAAAUCUGUGAUAAAACUAUCCACCGAUUCUCCCGCUCGUUGGCUUCUUGAGUUGAAUUUUGCUCUCUCAAAGAUGAUAUUUCUUUUCACGAUGAAGUAAUUUUCGAAUUUUUCUUUCACUUCUUCAUAAUUCUUCUCUUGUUCGGCGGUGAAUUCGAAUGAGAUGAAGAUGUCGUCCGCUUGUUCACCCAUUGUGUAAAUUAAUGUGUUUACUUGAUUUUCGCCGGUUUGUUUAUCAAGCCCAGUACCUUUGCGAAAUCUCUCAAACCUUUGAAUCCACUUUGGCCAGUCUUCCGGCUUGAAUGAAAAUUUCUCCGGUGGGGUUACUUGAAAGUUAGCGACCGGUCGAAUGUUUGGCAGGACAACUUGCGGUUGAGCAAUCACAGGUUGUUCUUCGGCGCCCGCCAAUGUGCCGGGAGGAUUUCCUUCUUGUUCGGCUUCGUUAUCUGACAUGUUCUCGCCGUUUUGCACUUUGAAUGAAUUGUUGAGCGUUUGUACGAAUUUUCUUCUUUUUCACCACGACGUGUUAAGCGAAAUUAAUCCCACUUCUGACACCAUGUCGAGUCAUUCAAGAGACAACAGCGUGCAUGUGUUUAUGAAACUGCCAUGUUUAAUUCCUCUCCUCUAUUCCUGUAGUGCGCAUGCCUAAAUUCUAAACAACACACGUGCGUGACACAUGAAAGGUCAAAGUUCAAUAACACAACAGCUGCAGCAAAUAUUAAACAGUAGUGGUAAGAAUCAAUAGUAUUGCCCCAGCUGAUCAAUCAUCUCUUUAUCUCUUUUUGGUUUCAAUCGAGCAAAUUAACCAACAAAAAACGCUUCCCGAUAGAACAUGAAAAACUCCAACCAACUGAAAAUAGUUGAUUCCAUUAACACUUGCAGCUAAGUGAGUAUACGUGAGGAAAAAACAUGUUCUAAUUGGGUACAAAAGUGACGUGUUUUAGCGUCAAACAUUUUAAGUUUGGAGUAUACAGCUGUUGUCAACUUGAUUUGUUUUCUCUAAACUAAAUAUUCUUUGCAAGAAUUUUUAGACGUUAAUAAUAGUUUCUGAAGGCAAGUGUCCUGUUUCUGAGCGAAACUUUGUAUGCUCACUACCAGAAAUUCUUUAUUGUGUAUUGUUCAGGAGAGCUCAUGACUGGUGCUGGAAUGGCUGGUGUAACAUACUAUGCCUCAAACAAAGAUGAUCCAUACAUAACUCUUGAAAAUCCGGUAAGUAAAGUUUAAACCUAGUUGUAGGGCUAUUUUUGUUAAAGCAUUUUCCUUUAGAUAAAAUGUUAAGCUCAAUAAAUUGUUGUGGGUAGCUAGAGGAGCCUGCAGUCCUAAUCUCCAGGCCUUGAUUGUUCAAACAUUGGGCAGCGCUAUCCAGCAGAUAGCGUAAUCGGUUUCCCUAAUAUUUAUCCACUGUGUAGAGAUUUAUCCAGUGGAUAGCGCCAUCCAACGUUACAGGGUGUAGGUUGCCAGUACACUGUCUUUUGGCAUGUAUGUAGCCCGCAUUCGUUUGGACUUCUACAAAUGAAUGCAAUGCAUAGAACACAAUCUGGUCAUGUGCAUUUGGACCAUCUAUUACAUGAAACCUCUUCAAAGUACAGUAUGUUGAACGGUCUUGCCUGAACUCUAUAAUCUUUCGUAAUUUCUGGGAUUGUGUAUAAAUUAUGUUGGGCUGACAGAUUGCACCUUCAAAUUGUAUCCUGUAAACAGGCCUUAAUACGUCGUCAUCAUUUCAACCAUAAAAGUACCACUGUAACUUGGACUCAAAGUAAAAUCUCCAUCAUUCACUCGUGGGAGGAGCUUAAUACUUUAAACUGUUCAGACAGUUCUGUAUGAAUGCUUUCCUCACCUUUGGUUUCCUUUUUCAGGACAAUGACAGUGAUGAAGAAGAAGAUUUUCACAUUAAAACAGAUGAUAAUUUAAUAGUUACUGGACAUGUGGAUGAGGAUUUCAGUGCUUUGGAGAUAUCAGGUGUGACUCAAGUUGGGUACAUUUAUACAGACAUAACACUUUGUCAGCAGUCUUAAAGAGAUAUCUACCAAAACACACAACCUGUUAUUCCCUUGACUGUGUCCACUGAGAAUACACAAAAGUUGUUUUUUCAUACACCCAGGGGGUAUGGGCUAUAGCAGAUUAUACAGGGAGGCGCCACCCAAAAGGGGUAUCGAGUUUUUUGAAAGGGGAGGGAUUUUUGGAUAAUUACUUGCUUUAAAUUCCCAAUAACUCAAACUCUUCCUAACUCAAACUUUUUUUUCGAUUUCCCUAGAAGGUUUGAGUUAUCAGGAGUCAACUGUGCGCUUAAUGGUGUUGCCUUGGUUUUUGAAAGGAUAGGGAUUUCACUGGCUGAAGUUUAUGAAAGGGUGGGGAAAUCUUUCAUUUCGGCCUGUAAAAAAGCACAAGAGAGCAAACAGAUGCAUUUUAUGGCUAUGAAAAAGUUGAGAAAAUGUUCUGGUUUUGUUAUAUUUUAGUCAUAUUUUUAAUUAAGACACUCCAUUUACAGCAGUUAAAACAAAUGUAAAGUUCCAAAAUAGGUAUGUGAAAGGGGCACCAUUUGUCAAUAGAAGGUAUGCAAAAGGGAAAUCUUCUCAGUCAAACAUGGGAUGUAAAAGGGUAAGGGGUUGUACCUUGGGGUAGAGCCUCCCUAGCUUGUAUAGAACUUUGCUUAGUAUCCCCUCCCCCCAGUUCAUAUGUCAUAUGUAGCUUAUGAAAUCUUGACUUUUUGACAUCUGGUGUAAUUAGCAUAAUGAACAUCUAUUCUCUACUCAAUGCCAUCUGACAGUUUUUUUCUUUAACCAUCACAAGAAGUUAUAAGUUUAUUGCAGCACACAGUUUUAUAUACACUGUAAGCAAGGUCUAGUCUAUGGUGUAUGACAACCUGCUGAAUGAGCAAGAACAAAUUGUCUGCUUUCCAAAUUUAUGGUUGUCUCUAAGGAAACUGUCUGUGAUAAUUGCUGUGUCUUUAAAGCAUGUUUUUCAUCUUUAUUUAAUAGUUUAUAACGAAGAGGAAGGCAGUCAGUAUGUACAUCAUGAUAUUUUACUUGAAGCAUUUCCCUUGGCUAUUGAAUGGCUUGAUUUUGACCCAGAAGACACCAGCAGACCAGGUAAUCCUAGAAAAUAAAUGCCCUGCAGCAAUAACUUUGUUAAGAUCUUGUGCAAAAUUGACUGGAUAGCAGAUAGCUUACAUGUAUUUUUUUAUGCAAAAUCCCUGGCCAUAAGCAUCUAAAAAAGCUAUUAUUUUUGGUAGCUAGCCAUAGGGCUUUGGGGCUCAUUACUUUCAUGGCAGAUGCAUUUACUGAUUUUUGUCUCUUGUAUUACUACAAUCAGAAAAGUCUUGGCACGAAUUUGAAUUUGUGAGGCUUUUUUUAAAUCGCACGUGCUAUACCCCUAACAAACAGCAUUGAUGCGCUAUACAGUCAACUCCCUUUAUAGCGAACACUGUAGGGACCUCGAGUUAGUGUCCUCAUUACCGAGAGUCUGUAAUAGCUGAAGUUUAUUUCCAUCAAACAUCUGUAAUUUGUUUUUGCCGGGAAUUUAGCUGCUGUCCAUAUUAGCGGGGUGUCCACAAGGCGAAAGUUGACUGUAUUCAGAAUUUUCCCAUGUUUCACAAUUGUUUUUUUUUACCUCUAGGAAACUUUAUUGCUGCUGGCACAAUGGAGCCUCAUAUCGACAUCUGGGAUCUGGACCUGGUGGAUACAUUAGAACCUGUUGCUUCUCUUGGAAAAAGGAAAAAGAAAAAGUCGAAAAAGGUUGGAAAGCUUUGUUAAAGGACCAGACUAGUUCCUUUGUUGCAUACUUUUCCCCGCUGAGCUCAGCUCUGAGAAAAGAAUUAUGAGUAUCGUUAGUCUAGAUACAGUGAAUAAAACUGCAAGAAUCUCCUAUUAGCGUCAGUUAUAGGAUUCAUAUGAUAUUUGCCUUAAUGGUGUAGUGUGUGUGGCUAAAUUGACUUAAGAUUGAGCCUGGCAUUGGGAGUGUGGGCCUAGCUAUGUAAGACAUGUAACCAAUAUUGAUGGACAUGUGGUUACACCAUAGCAGAAGUUGUGUUGUUCCAUAAAAAUAUACACCUCCCUAGCACACCCCAUGAAGGUUUUUGGUGUACCUUGCCCCACCCCCACAAAAAAACCAAGUGCAUUCUUUUCUUUUCUAUGCUUUCCCAUAAAUUUCCAGAUUAAAUUUAAAGUAUACAAAGUAAUGGCAGGAAUUCUUGUAUUUUAAUUGCUAGUAAAAAAAAGUGUUUAUUUUAUGGUACAUGAUUUUGCUGGAAAAUUGAACUUAGCAAGAGCUAACGAAAUCCUUUAAGAAUGUUUAAGGUGGUUAAGAGGUUCGUGGUAGAGAUCACACAUUAUACCUGAUUGAAAAAAACGUUGUUGCUAAAAAGUAUAAACCAUGAACCAUGAGGUUUCAAGGAUUUAUGGGUAUACGUUCAUUAGCAAAGCAAAUUCAAAGUUCUUUCGACAAAAGUUUACAUUGUCACGAGAUGCUCGUGCGGAUGCAAAUCCCUAGAGUACUUUUUUUAAAGGCAUGCUGUUGUCUUUUUUUUGCCUUCCAAGAACGCUUUUAGGUCCUAUAUUAUGAUUUUCAAGUGUGCGUUAGGGAUAUGGCUACGCUCUUUAACUUUAGAAAUCUCUUAUGUGUCCAGCACUGGUGAAGUUGUGAGCCGUAAAUUCUGGAAACCGUUUUACGUUUUUUUGAAUGCAUCGUCGCGAAAAGCUUCGUGAACGUAAACAUUUUUGAGAAGAACUUUAAAUUUGCAAUGCUAAUAAAGUUGUACCCAUAAAUCCAUUAGGUCCCAUCGUUCAUGGUUUAUACUUUUCAAGCGACAACGUUUUUUCAAUCAGGUGUAUACUCACCACAUGUCAUGUAUAGAAAUGUAUAUGUAAAAAGCCAUGUUAUCAUUCAAUAUCAUUCUCCGUCACUGCCAAUCAUUCCCCAUCAUUAGACACCAUUCUCCUUCGUAAGAAUGGCAACCUCUAGAUGUUCGAUAGCCCAUUGUUUCAGUGAUCUGCUUUUUGUGUACGAUCAUAACAUAACAUAACAUAACAUACAUGUUUAUUCAAACUCAUAAUAACUACAUGAAUUUGAAAGGGAGAGUCUAGAGGUUAACACUAUGAAUAAAACUCUCCUAAAAACAACAAACAAACAAUAAAAAUUACAACUUUAAAAAGGAUUUGAGUUUACAUUUAAAAAGUUCAAGGGAACCGGCUUCAACAACAUUACUAGGUAAAUUGUUCCAAUAACUAAUUACAUUGUUAAAAAAAGAAUAUUUAAAACAGUUGAUUCUAGAUAAUUUACAAUAAAGCUUAUACGAGUGAUUUGCCCUAGUGGAUUUGACUUUUGCGAAUUGAAAGAAUUCCUCAAAAUCCAAGUGUGAUAAGCCAAACACGAUCUUAUAACAUUCAACAAGAGAGGAAUACGUCCUACGACUGGACAAAGAUGGCCAAUGUAACGAGUCACAAUGCUCUUCAUAAGACAUAUCACUUCUUUUUUGCCUGAGAGCUAAUCUUGACGCACGUCUUUGCACGCUCUCUAUUGCAUGAAUAUCUUUGACAAGAUAUGGGUUCCAGACUGGAGCAGCAUACUCUAAAAGUGGUCUGACCAAUGUUUUGUAAAGCAAUGAAAAAGUUGUUGUAUUAGCUGUUCCAACCGACCGUCUUAUUAGCCCUAGGACUUGGUUCGCCUUAUUCACCAUAGUACUAAUAUGUUCACUCCAAGUAAGAUCUUUUGAAAUAAUAAUUCCAAGAUCUUUAAAGCUCUUGACAUCUUUUAAGGCCGUACCUAGUUUAUAAUUCGUAGUCGAUUUGUCACGAGAAUGCGUUAUUCGCAUUGCUUCACACUUUUCCUCAUUAAAACGAAGUUGCCAUUUUUUCGCCCAUUUACCAAGAUUAUUCAAAUCAGUUUGAAGGUAUUGUUCAUCGAGACUAGGGUUGCGAAGCUCUCUGUAAAUCUUUGUGUCAUCCGCAAAUAAUUUAAUUUUUGAAGAGACACUAUCAACGAUAUCAUUUAUAUAUGCUAGGAAUAAAAUUGGACCAAGAAUAGUUCCCUGUGGGGUACCAGAUAUCACAGGUGCCCAAUCAAUCCUUAACCCAGCGGAAAAAAAUAAGAAAAUAACCUGUUUAACGGGAUACCAUCCACAAGAUUCCCUAAAACUUUUGUGACUUGUGCAAGAGAUCGGCCAGGAGAAAAUUAACUCGUACAGUCGACUCCCAAUAACGCGAACCCGCGCUAACUAGAACCUCGCGCUAACUCGAACCAAAAUCGAUUUCCUCUGGAUUUCCUUCAUACAUUUACUAUUAUUGUACCCUCGGUAGCUCGAACCUCCCGCCUACUCGAAGUAAUUUUUGUUUCCCUUCAGAUCACUUCUAUAUAAAUUUAUCCUCGAUGACUCGAACCAUGCUUGAAGCGUCCGACAAGUCGAAAGGAAGAGUGUACAGCAGUCCGAAACAUUGAAAUUAUUUUAACAACCAUGUAGUCCAGCUUAAAAACAUGUUACUUGCAUUCAUUCCCCAUCCCAUUUCCCUAUAUUUCCGGUUAUUUGCUUCGAGCUUCUGAUAACUCGAACUUUUUUCGAUUUCCCCGGAAGGUUCGAGUUAUCUGGAGUCGACUGUAUGCUAAGUGGUCUUGCCUUGGUUUUUUGCUUUUUUACCUAGAAAUCAAUAAACUCAGAAGCAGGGCAUAGUGAUGCAGUUCUUGACUUAUCAUGGAAUCAUCUUGUUAGGUAACCUCUGCAUUACUUAAUAUUUUUUUAAUUUGUGAAAGGUAGUUCUGUGUGUUGAAAGUUGUGAGCUAGCUAGUUAGAGACGUUGAUUGAUGUGUAAUGGUUUUUGCCCUUGUAAGGGCCAAAACAUAGUUGCAUAUUUUACUUGUAGGAUUAGUCUGGAAACGUAUAUUCUUCGGGGAUGAUUAUUCGAUUAUACUGUGGUAAUGACUAACCUGUGUGUGCACAUGUAUCCUUAGAAUAAAUAGUGACUUUGUUUUGUAAAAAUCUUUAAUUGCAGAAACGUUUUAGCUAGUGCAUCUGCGGAUCACUGCGUUAUUUUAUGGGAUCUGACACAACCAAAACCUGUGCACUUUUUAAGACAUUAUAAAGAUAAGGUAAUGUAUAUAUGUAUAACUUGGCUGUCAGUGUCUGUUAUUCUUAAUCUUGUGCCUCUGGGUACAUUGCGUGACAAUUACAACUUUUAUUAAUAAUCCCCAGCAAGAAAAAGGGAGGGAAAUGGACAGGAAAAGGCAAUGGGCCUUUUACAAAAGUUGAUCACGUAAUCAACUUUCUGUAAACACGAAAACAGUUCGCUUUUGGAACAUUUUCUUAGCAGGAACUGAAAGAGCAUUCAACAGUGAUUGGGAGGCAACAGUGGUAUUCCCAUACAAAUCCUUCUAAUUUUCGGCGGCCGUCGCGAUCGCUACUUUUCAGAUAUACGGCUGAAAUUUUAUAGGUUACUAAAUUUAAAUAUGCUCUUUCAGUUCCUUCUAACAAAAUUUUCCAACAGAAAGUUGAUCACGUGUCCAACUAUUGCAAAAGGCCUAUUUCUCAGAAUGCUCAGUUCUUGGGGUCAACAUUUCCGGGUAUCUGAGCAAAUCAGACUAGUUUAAUUUCCGACUUGCCCAAAAAUAACUGCGGCAUUUCAAUACGGAACGUUGCCAUGGCAAUUUUGACAUGUGAAAUUAUAAAUUAACGCAUAAAUUUCGUAAUUUCGUCGCCCGUGAUGUUAGCGCUGAUAUUGCUGCCACGCUAAAGAAACUUGGACUUUUUCGUUCUUUUCGUUGUAUGCCAUCGAAAGAAUGAGAUUAAGAAUAUAAUCUUGGAUUUUCCUAAUUUAAAGAAACGCAACCUUGGAGGGGUGACAAAAGUAAAUUCAUGAUUGGUAUGGUUUUGUUUUUCUACGCUCGGUGAUUGGCUGAAACAUCUCAUUACUUAACGAAUGAGACGGGAAACCAAAACUAAUCAUGACUUGUGCGUGCAACUUUUUUGGCGUUUCGUGCUUGCAACAUUUUUUUGUCUCAUUUCUCAUUGCUUGUCAUUUGCAAGUAUAAUUAUUUUGUUUUUCCUGAGGUACUUAGCCUGAUACAUUUUUCUACUGCAGUUCUGAAAGACUGUCUUUUAUACGAGAAUCAUUGUUAACGUUUUGUGCCUUAUUAACAUAUAUGCUCUUCAUUACCGUAAAUGCUCGAAUUAGCGCCCGGCUUCAAAUAAGCGCCCCGCUUCGAAUUAGCACCCCUCCUAAGGCUCAAAAUUUGUAAUAAGCGCCCCCCCACCCCUCCCCCGAGAAAAAAUGAGUUUCGGUACGAUCUACGAGACGUAUACGGUCUAUACGGUUCUUUUAAUGAAAUGUGACAUUGUUAAAUAGUAUAAACAGUAAUGUCCUUUCAAAGUCGCACGGGUUUGCUUCUCAUUUCCGUGAUAGAAAUAUCCAUGUGAGCACAUAGCUGCUUCACUUUAUUAAGUUCCUCGUAAAACUUUGCUCCCAAUCGCCGGCUCCUUGUUACUGCCUUAAAAGUUCCUGGAAUUACGAGGCCAUUUUCAAGUUUUUUUGAAUUUUUAUGAGGCAGUUUCGUUUUAAAUAGAAAUAAAGAUAGUGUCAUUUUCAGGCUAAAAAUUGAUGAACGAAAUAAGCGCCCCCCUUCGAAUUAGCGCCCCCCUCUCGCCUUAGAAAAUUAAAUAAGCGCCCCGGGCGCUAAUUCGAGCAUUUACGGUAUCUGGAAAGCUAAUGAAAUAAGACCGCUGAAUAUUGAAAGAGCAAAACAAUUUCAGGUUUUUCUGAAAAUUUGAGCCCGAUAAACUGAAUGUCUUUGAAGAAAUUGUCUUUUAAACACUCGAAAUUUUACAAAGAAUGCAUGCCUCCUUAACUUUUUUGCCACCCAGCAAUUUCGCAGUUUUCGAUGGCUGGUAUUUCGUCAAUAUUGCUUUCAAAGAGCUGAAAAUUGCACAAAAUGCUUGAGUUAAUUAGCUCUUUGAACUCGUGAGUUCGUAUAUACGACCACAGCUUCUAUGAGUUAAGUCGUAUGCUAAUGAGGAAAAAUGUAAACAAUGACGUCAGCAAAGAUUCGCCUAUUUAGAACCUUUUUUACAGUAGAACCUCGAUAUAACGUACCUUUAUAUAACAAAGAGCUCGAUAUAAUGAACUAUUUUCUCCGCCACAGUAAUAGAAAAAUAUAUGGAAGACAACCUUGAAAAAAGGAAACCUUGUUAUAACGAACAUAUUUUGCCAGUCUCUUGGUCAUUCGUUAAAUCGAGGUUCCUUUGUAAUGGAUGCAAGGAAUGGAUGGCUUGUGGAGCGUUUUUAGUCCGAGCUCAUAUUUCACGUGUUGUAAUCGUCUCCUUUAGGUACAGUCAUUACAGUGGCAUCCUUACGAGUCACAGUCAAUUCUGACUGGGUCUUUUGACAAGUAAGUGGCAUAAAUAUUUAAGUCACGGCAGUAAUUAUGUCAGUAAUGGCCAUUUUAGUCUUAGGAGUGAGUCCGUGUUGUGUCGAAUUGCAUUGUGGGAUUGUUUUAGUAACACUGUCGCGUCUUUUAUUGGCUAUUAGGGACUUUCGCGAUGGCAGCGAAAACGUUGCUUAAAAAGUGUCUUUGUCGCGCUAACUGUUAUUCAUAUAUCUUGUACUAGUGAUAACCAAAGGUUACCGAGUGCGGGCGAGAUCGAUCAAAGGUCAAAACGUUCUUGCUCCAAUGCUGUGCUUUGUGUAAGUUUCAUGUGACAGAAGGUCCAAAUGCGCGUCAUCAGACUGCGCUCUGUGCAUUUUAUUUGUUGUCAGUGGAAGUCCAAACGAAUGCAGUUAAACGAAUGCAGACUAGAUUGGCGCUGCGCAUGCGUAAUUUCGUCGCCCGCCAUAAAAUUGCAAUUUACAGGUUGUAAUUAAAUCCUUGACCUAUUGUCACGAGUUCUAGCAAUUUCUCUGAUGACUGUUUUCUUGAUUCCUUUUUUAAUACGUUUUUGAACAGGAAAGCCAAAGUGAUUGACUGCAGAAAUCCUGAUGUAAGUGAUAUACAAAAGUUGAAAACUUAGAUUUUAUGUAAAUAUCUGUAUAAAUGGUGGAGCUGACAGAGUCUGGUCUGAACAUUGUAUGUCGGCCAAGGAUGUAGAUGAUGCUGCGGGAACAAACAAUUUGUAAAGUUAAUUCAGUUGACUUUCUUUUGGAUUGCUCUCAAGCGCAAGCGCCAUAAAGGGCGACUGAUUUUUUACUCUUUCAUUUGUAUUUUUAAGCGUUCAUCUGGCCACAGUUAAGCAAAAAUUUGCACAAACUAACUGCGCUAGUACGGAUGAUAAACAUGAAAAUUUAGUACGUCAGCUACCACUGAACCCGUAAUUAUUAAAAAAACAGCAAAAGUUGGACUUUUCCUAUCAAAUUCACCUGACAUUGUUCCUGUAAUUGCGCACCAACCUGAAAGUUACAUUCAGUCUUACAAACUCUAACAGUUUCUUACCUCUUUCACACAGAGUAACGUCAAAUCUUGGAAAUUCGAUUCUGAAGUGGAAAGAGUUUUGUGGAAUCAUUUUUCGCCGUACAACUUUUUAGUAAGUGGAAUUGUAAAAAUAAACUAGUCCUAAGCUCCCCUACCCUGUGCUUAAAAUGGGACUAUGAAAUCGAUGAAGCUUUGUCAUCUUACGUACUUAAUGUGUAAUUGUCACUUGUACAAAUUCUUUACACUCGACCGAGAACACGUUGUCACUUAAAAAUCUUAAACCAUAAACGGUGAGACCUAAGAGCUCUCUGGGAAGAGAAUAUGUAAAAACUUCGUUUUCGUAAUAAGUGAGUGUCCAGGCUGCAAUCAUUCUCGUUCACCAAAACUUGCUGGGGAUUUCCAUUUACCAGCCUUAUGGCUUACACACUGAUAUCUGGUAACACGUUUAGAGAUUUCUGAGGAAACAUGCACCCAAGGGCGACGUUGACGCCAGGAAAACUUGAAGCUCUUGGGCCCUUGUUGAAAAACAUCUGCACGAGGAGCUCAGGAUAAUGUACGUUUGCAAUGUUAAUAAACUUUUCGUGGUUUAUGCUUUCCAAGCAACGACGCUUUCUCUAUCGAGUAUGUCUAAAGUAUAUUGUCAUUAAUUAUUAAUUUGUGGCAUGCAUACGUUUUUUGCCCUUUGAAUUGUGCUAUGACAAUGCCUUACAAAAUUGAUUUCUUAUAGGCGAGCACGGAGAGUGGUCACGUGUUUUGUUGUGACGUCAGAACAGAUACACCCAUAUUCACUCUUCAGGCACACGAUGAUGCAGUAUCAGGUAAUAUGUCCUUUAGUCUCGUGCCAAGUUAAAAUCAUGUUUUGGGUGUAAUGUUUGAAAACGAGUGAUUGCUUUACAGUCGAGCAAUCCGCCCAAUAAAAGCCAUAUUGAGGUAGUUUCCCCAUACGGAAACACCCGAGUUGGCCAGAUAAAAAGCUCGUUUGAGUAGUUAUGGUUUAUGAACAGAAGGUUGAAACUAAACUUGUUUUGUUUUGUUCAGUUUCAUUUCUGUUUAGUGUUAUCCGUUUACAAACACGUUUCACAAACUAUAACUACUCAUACCGGCGUGUGCUUUUCAGAAAACAAAACGGCUAACGUGUCACACCGGUAAAAAAGAAAGCUUGUUUCCCGACUUCCUAUACCCAAAAUAUACAAUGAAAUCGGAAGGUGGCUUCGUAAAGUACCUAAAUGCAAUCUGAAGGAUUCUUCAAUGCUCUUUUCGCUUUUGACGCAUUCUUGUUAAUCUGCCUUCUGACGAGUUGUUUCUCCCCGUAAUGUACCGUAUUUAUUCGAAUAAGCGCCCACCUCGAAUAAGCGCCCACUCUCAAGGACCAGAAAUUUAAUAAGCGCCCAGGAUGGUUAAUCGAAUAAAUACGGUAAUUACUCCGUACCAGUGAGACGAGAUAAUUGUUGUAGGCAGAUUCCACUUAACUCGAAGCAGCUUAUGCAACCCGAGUCCAAGGUCAUGAUCUCAAGAUGCGCGAAAGGAAUAAUUACAACAGCUUUAACUUCCUUUCAUAUCUAUAGGGCUUGCCUUAAGUAGUCAAGUACCCGGAUGUCUGGUUACCGCGUCAGCUGACGAGACUGUCAAAGUAUGGGAUAUACAGGUCAGGUGACUUUCAAGUUUGACAUGAUUUCGUUUUGUUAUAUACUUUUUGAUGGCAAAGUGAUAGACAAAAACCCCUCGGAGCAAGGAAGAGAUCCAAUACCAAAAAUGAUUCAACCCACACAUAGCCGUCGCCUCCGACCAACCAAGAAAAAACGUGAAGGAAGACAAGUGGUUUCACAUUGGCUAUUUUUGUCCGUCACACCGUUUGCAUAUCGUAUGUUUGACGUGUUUUAGUAUUUUAAACACUGAUGUUUCCCUUAUCGUGACAUUCUUUUGUACAUUUGUAGGAUAACCAACCAUCGUUUGUAGUAUCCAGAGAUCUUCAGUUGGUGAGCAAAUGUAGCGCUUUUAUUGAGAGGUUUUGUUUACGUACGAAGCGAAGACUUUCCUUUUUAAUAUCCUUUCUUUUUUUCGUUUUGUGCUACUAGGGAAAAAUUCUAAACGCUAGCUGUUGCCCUGACUCGCCUUUUGUGUUCUGUUUUGGUGGCGAGAAGCAGGGAUUGAGAACGUUUGAUAUCACAGAAAGUGCUCCAGGUAACAAUUGGUUGCGAUGUAUCCCCAAAUAGUCAAUGAACCUCAGCCCGUCAAUCAGCUGUUUGAUUGGUGAGACAGACAUUUUGGUCAGUCAGACAGUGAGAGACUCAAAUAAUGGGCGCUUUCCCAUUCAACCAAAAUUUCCGCUUUGAAUUUCCAGCAACUUCGAGUAGCGAAUUUAACAGCAUUUUCCUGCGCGAGAUAUACCCAAAUUUUCGAAAUUUCUUCCCGGAAGUGUCCUUUCCAUUUAACUUAACCCAUAACACCCCUGAGCUCUAUCCCUAAAAAAAAAAUAAGGGGGCCACACGAGGCAAAGGAAAAAUCUUUUGACCUCGGUAUUCAAACCCACGACGUCCGGAUUAGAUCUACCGUUGGUCUACCGACUCAGUUACAAGGCCUGACGAGAGCAAGUCUUGAGUACCUGUAUCACCCGUGGUUGCCACAGGUGCUAAUCACUCAGUCAACCAGUCACGUCACUUGGCCAUAUUGUCAGUCUCUCAAUCAGUCAGUCAUUUUUUCAUUUGUUCACUCGAUUAAUCACCCUGUCAGGCAGUCAGCCAGUGAUUCAGCUUGCUGGUCCGUCAGUCAACAGGUCACUUAGCCAGUCAAGUCAGUUAGUCAGUCCAUUUUUCCACCAAUAAGUGUUGGGGAAUUAGUGAAUCAGAGAUUUAUUUAUCGAUCAGUUGGCCUUUAUCCGCUGCUAACAUUUUCUAUUGUGUCACAGUUCGCCGGAAAUUUGAAUCAAGGCAAAGACUAGUUCCGAGUAAAGCUGUUGAAACUUCAACAAAUAGCACAGAAACAGAACAAUGUUUGCACGUGGUAAGGCUUAAUUUGUUUGUAAUUGUUGUUGUUUCACUUGCUAUGUCGUUUCAUUUUCCACAAAUUCUGCCCCAGUUUCGGGGUAAUUUAAUCUCAUUUCAUUUAUUUUUCAUUUAGCCUGAGGUAUCUGUAAAAGAGGAAAAGCCCGAGCCCAUGGAAGAGGAAUCAGCGGCUAACGCCAUGGCAGCGUUGAACCUAAGCGGUAAUAUGGACAGCGGUCAGUCAAAGAAAAAGAAGAAAAAGAGGCGGAAGUAAUCUUCGUCACACAAAAAGUGAUUGACAAAUUCUAUUAACUGUCAGACAUAAAUAACUGAUCAAUGACCCCAACAGCUAAAGGAUCCUACCAACUCACUCAGCGAGUUCAGUAAAUACACAAAGGGCGCUAGAGUGGUUGUAGUUCUUAGUUCUCACUUUGCUCGCGUGAAGAAGGCUUGUCAACUGUUACCUUGCCAGGUCUGGCAUGAGUUUUUUAAGCAUCCGAACAAUCGUUUUUUUCUUUUGUGAAUAACUCCUUCAGAGGUUUUUGUCAACGAAUGGUUUUAUGUGGGUGCCUUUUUACCUCUAUUUUAUCUUACAGUGAAGUAAUACGAAAACAAAACUGUUUUCACAUCUCUUCAUCUUGCUCCCCUUCUAUAAACUUCAACUUCAUUGGAGUCAUUAAAUAAAGGAUGAUCAUCGC